AUGGGGGACCUGGGAGGCACUGCCGGAACCUGCGGUACCGGGGAAGAGGAGGCACCGGCGGGAAGCACCGCUGAGGGGGCCGGGGAGGUGACCCGCGGUACGGGCCCUGGGGAGGCAUCGCAGCAACCCUUGGUACGGGGCUCCGGGGGUACCGCAGUCCGGGAGGAGCGGGAAGGCACCGGGAGGCCGAGUGGGCGCUGCAGUCCGGGGCUGUCGGCCGCUGUCCCGUCCCUCACCGCCCCGCUGUCGCCCCGCAGCACGGCGGAGCAGCCGGAGGGUCGCCAGGCCCCGCGGAGCCCCCGCGGGCAGAAGGAUUUCCUUCCCGACGGCUCGGCCCGGCAGGCCGAGAGGCUGCGGCGCUGCUGCGAGGAGCAGUGGCGGCUGCUGUGCGAGGAGCGCCCGGAGCCGAGGAAUCUGGUGAAAGCUGAGUGGAAGCCAGAGCAGGGCAUCGUGGAGCUGAAGUCCCCUGCGGGGAAGUUCUGGCACACCAUGGGGUUCUCGGAACGAGGCAAACAGUGUCUGCUGCCUGAGGAGGCUCUGUACCUGCUGGAGUGUGGCUCUGUCCAGCUCUUUUACAGAGAUGUGCCCCUGUCAAUCCAGGAAGCCUAUGAGACCCUGUUGUGCCAGGAGGCAGUGAGCCUGUCACAUUACCAGGUGUUCAGCCACUUGAAGCAGCUGGGUUAUAUUGUACUGAGAUUCGACCCCAGCACUGUCCCGUCUCCCUAUGAGAGGCAGCUGAACUUGGAAAGCCACUGCAAGAGCUCUGGGAAACACCAUCGCAAGAGGAGGAGAAGUUCCAGCCCCCGGUUGCAUGAGAAGAGACAUAAAGUAUAUGAGGACCUUCCAGAAGCUGAAGGGACCUCCCGCAAAGAUGGAGAUGACUAUGGAGACUCCAUUCCUGUGGAUGAAAAGCCCUUGUCAGUACAGCCAAAGGAAUCAGAUGCUGGCAGUGCAGAGGGAGAGUCAAUGCCAGUUCCUCUUGAUACAGAACAAAAGGACUCUCUGAGCUUCUCCAGCAGGCAGGCUGGAGACCAGAAGGAGAGCAGCACUGGCACCCAGGCACCCCGCUGGGAUUUUAGCACCAUCACGUUUCCCAACGUGGCCUCAGACCAGCCAUGCACACACCUGCCCUCCCCUGACAACAGGCUCCUGCCAGAGAACGUGCUGGGCAGGGAGCUGGAUGCAGCUGCCUGGUGCACACGGAUCAACCAGAAACAGGAGAAGCUGUCACGGAAGGAGAGGAAGCAGCGGGAGAGGGAGAGCAGGUACAAGAGCAGUGUCAAUGCUGACCAGGAGGUGAGGCAAUGCUCCAACUGGCAGGAGUACAAAGCCCUCCUGCAGCAGAGGAGACAGCAGAGAGUCUGGAAACGACCAUCACACCUCUGGGAGCAAGCUGUCACACCACUGCUGCGGCCAGAAGAAGUGACCUCACCAGCUGAGCUCCUCCAGCAGAUCAGUGUGUUGCAGCCCUCCCACAUCCUGGAUGGAGCCUCCCGGCUGCAGGAGGACCCAGAGGCCAUGAGGAUAGACUUCAACGUGUAUCAAGCAGACGCUGUGGCCAAGUUUAAGAAGACAAACCCUGGGAAGCCCCAUGUCAGGAUGUGUGUUCGGAGCUGUAGUAGACAGAGCAAGGAAGGUGGUAAUGCAGUUUUACCAAGCUUUGAUGAGCAGAUCCCAUCCCUGCGGGCUUUGAAGCAGGUGACGUAUCUGAGUGGGGACGUCCCUCUGGUCUUUGCACUGGUGGAUCAUGGAGAAAUCACCUUCUAUUCACUGAAGGAGUUCAAGCUUCCUGUUGAUGUUAAUCACUGAAGUUGCUGUCACUUGCAGAAAUGGGAUAAAGGGAAGAGCUUUACUCAGGAGUUGUUUUCCUGGUCAAUGAAAUAUUACAGAAAACAGAGCCUGUGAUAAUUGGAACCUUGGGAAGUUGACCACUUUAUUGGCUGUUCACAGCCAGACUUCAUCCACCCAGAUGGCUCAGUCAUAAUGUGUAAUUUACAGCACACAAGUGUGCUUGGCUUAGCUGGGCAUUUCUGGGCUGAAGAACACACUACUUUGUUCUUGAAGCCACUGGCUCUCCAGCUUUUCCACCUCACAGACCACCAGCCUGCCUUUCCCGAGUCAUCUUUUGCUGACUGUGGACCAUUAGAAAACACUUUGCUGGUGAUCCUUUUGUCACAUGUAAAGAACCACUGUGCUACACCAAUGGAGUGGUUGGAGUGCCACUGAAGUCAGUCAGGGACAGAAUAAGCUGAUCAGUGCUGGUGGCCUGAGCCUCUUGUCAUUCAGCUGUGCCAACGAGCAUCAGAUCAGAGUCUGAUCUGAAAAACUGCACAGCCAUAAACUCAGUCACCUGGAGGAAAGUUUCCAGACACUUGAGAGCAGAAAACUGUGCCUUGAACACAAUUUCAUCAGCCAGAGGUCACAGAAAGCCCCAGAGCAUUGCCGAUGGGAGCUUGGCCUCCUGCAGCAGCUGUGCUGAGAUGCAUUUUGCCCACACAGUGUUAAGCCAUGCUAAAAUGUGACCACCGCUAUCAGCACACUGCAUCUGACAGUUUCACCAGGGCUGAACUGUAGCCCCUCUCUUUCAGCCCAACAUCCUCUUUCCUGGCUGUGGAUCCUUGUUAUUUCUCUUGCAUGUGGGAGGUCCCUGAGUAAAGAAAAAAAGCUACAAAUUCCUCAUGAGCCUCCCAAUCUUCUCUCCACCAGGAUAUCUCGGUAGCAGAUUUGCUUUAGCCUCUAUGCCAAAAGUGCCAGGUGCCAGCAGGUCUGCUCAGUGGGUGGAAGUGAGCUAAGCAUGGCUGUGUUUGAUAUCAAAGUUUUCAGAGCUGUAAUAGCAACUGGUUUAGAUGUGUUUUAUUUGAUAUUUUUAAAAUUUCUUUUGGAGAUGUGUAGAAGGGUAAGCAAUAAAAAAA